AUGUUACCUGCUUUCCAAGUACAUUUGCACCAGCCGAUUCUUGAGCGUGUAGCACAAGUAGGAAAGUUCGACGGUCGCCACCCCGCGUUGGCAUGCGGCACUACUGCGGGCAAAGUAUUCAUCCACUCGCCAAACGAGAACACCUUUCGGGAUAACUCGGAGGCAGAUGACAGCGACCAAAGUAGCGUGCGUUUCCUCAAGAUCAAUCGCAAGGUCACGGCACUGGCAGCCGGCAAGUUCGAGAACGCAGAUCAGGGCGACACGCUCGUAGUGGGCACACAAUCCAGCUUGCUGGCUUACGACGUGGAGAAGAACUCCGACAUCUUCUAUAAGGAUGUUCCCGAUGGCGUGAGUGCCAUGCUCUUCGCACCUGCACCACGCACUGCCUCGUUGGUAAACUCUCCGUCUCAGAUGGUCGUGGUGGGCGGAAACUGCUCGCUGCAAGGCUUCGGUCGGGACGGUGGUGAGCUCUUCUGGACAGUCACUGGAGAUCAUGUUCGUGCACUGACAGUGAAUGUGACUGGCCAUGGACGCGAUGAACUCAUUGCCGGAUCAGAUGACUUUGAGAUCCGAGCAUUCCAGAAUGAAGAAGUAGUUUUCGAGUGCACGGAGACAAGUCGAGUGCUGGCACUCACAGCGAUUAAGAAGCAAAUGUUCGGCUAUGCUCUUCAGAACGGCACCGUAGGCGUCUACAAAGGGAAGCACCGUGCAUGGCGUGUUAAAUCGAAGAACGUUCCAACGGCAAUCCACAGCUUUGAUAUCGACGGUGAUGGAGAGAAGGAGAUCGUUAUGGGCUGGAGCAACGGCAAGUUCGAGGCGCGAAAGCUGGCGAACGGAGAAGCCGUGCAUAAGGAAGUGCUUAAAUCGCCUGUGGCGGCCCUUGUGACGGCAGACUAUCGCAUGAAUGGCAAAGACGAGAUUAUCUGCUGUUCAGCAGACGGAGAGAUUCGCGGCUAUUUCACUGCCACGGGUGAUUUUCCUGCCCCAGGAGUGUCCAGUACUGGUACCAAUGAUAAGGCAAGUCAGGAAGAGAAAGAGGUAGCGAAACUGUCCAAACAUCGAGCAGCGCUACAGCUGGAAAUCAAGUCGUUAGAGGCAAACCAGGCCGGUACUGCGACAGCAGGAAAAGGGCUACGUAUUCGAGCCGACACCAACCUCAAGGUAAGCUCACUAGCAAGUAAAAGCGCCCCAAACUUUGAGCUCGAAGUGUCGACCGAGAACGACGCAGUUAUCAAGAUGGUAAUUGUGUUUGAGUCCGAAGCGGGUAUCUUCGAGGGCGAGGCUUUGGUCGUUCGUCCAGCAACUAUGAGUUCGACAGUUCGAAUUCCGCUGAAUGUGACUAAAGAUGCUGCAGCGCGUCUCGAUUUCAAGGUGCUCGUAGGUUCACGUGGCCAUCACACGUCCUUUCACGUGUUUGAAUCCACUUUCAAACUGCCAAAGUUUGCUGCGUUUCACCACAUCACUGGUGAAACUCCAGGCCCACAGACGACGCCGGAAGGAUCGGUGCGUUUCAAUACGCCAGUGAAGCCACAGCAAAUGUACUCAUGGCUGGACAACGCCUUUGUGUUAGCCGAGUUGAUCCCAGAUAGUUCUCAAGCCCAUUUAAUGUUCCGUUCGCUUCGCAACAACUCGCGGCUCAACAUCUCCGUGAAUUCACAGGAGACUGUGAUCCGAACGGACAGUAUGGAGCUAGCAGCUGAACUUGUUCAGCACAUGUGCGCAUUCCUUGAAUGGCGAGACCUUGAAUCAGUGGCAGAUUUUCCUCAACAAAUGGAGGAAUUCCGUAACCUGCUCGUGAGAGUUGAUGAGAGCAAUGCUAUUAGGCUCAAGCUCACAGGUGAAAUGGCUGACGAUUCCAAUCAGGUCAAGAAUCUCAUCAUCCGCGUCGAAGACUUGCGUAUUCUCAACGACAUGCCUCGUAUGCGGCGGUUCUACUCCGAGUUGUUCUCACUGAACAAUCAGCUUUUGGGCGAGUACACAAAGCGCAGUACGAACCACCAGGCACUUCUUGAUGCUCUCAAGGAGGUUAACAGCAUGAUCCAGCUUGCUGCGCGGUUGCGUUUCGGUAACGCAAAGUCCACGGUCAUCGCAGCUUGUCGCAAGGCGAUCAAGAACAACAAUAUCCACGCACUCUUCUACAUCGUGAAGACAGGGAAAGAAGAACACCAGUAA